UUAAGAUUUUGACAUUUAACAUUCGAGUUCGACAGUUCCGAAUUUUGUGAAAAAAAAAUAAAAACUACUUUGUUCGCGAACAGUGAUUCGCAAUAAUAACAUUGUAAAUUAAACAAAACCAUGCUUUCAAGUCUCAGAACCGGGAUACAAGGGCUGUGGCGUGUAUCCUCGAGGGCCUUACAGACCACGACCAGCUUGCAGCAUGACAGUUUGUUUGUACACCGGGAUACUCCAGAAGAUAAUCCUAACAUACCAUUCGAAUUCACGCCAGAAAACAACAAGCGAAUUGAAGCACUCCUGGCAAUUUACCCCGAGGGUCAUAAAAGGGGUGCGAUGAUUCCCCUGCUAGAUCUGGCUCAGCGUCAGAAUGGUGGUUGGCUGCCUAUAUCCGCGAUGCACAAAGUUGCAGAACUACUAAACUUACCUCGAAUGAGAGUGUAUGAAGUUGCCACAUUCUACACCAUGUUUAUCAGGAGACCUAUUGGCAAAUACCAUGUCCAAGUGUGCACUACAACUCCGUGUUGGCUGCGUGGUUCUGAUAUUGUACUGAAUGCUAUCAAAGAAGCCACAGGCUGUGAAGUUGGUGGCAAUAGUCCUUGCGGAAAAUUCUCCAUAUCCGAGGUGGAAUGUCUCGGAGCUUGUGUGAAUGCACCUAUGAUCCAAGUUAAUGAUGAUUACUAUGAGGAUCUUACUGUUGAAGAUACUAAGGAAAUUAUUGAAAAGUUAAAGAGGGAUGAAAAACCUAAACCAGGCCCAAGGAGUGGGCGUUAUGCUUCAGAACCUUUGGGAGGACUUACUUCUUUAACCGAAGAGCCAACAGGACCAGGCUUCGGUCUACAGGAUGCUCUCAAAUGAGAAAUCACAUAGUUUUGUUGUAAAAACGUUUAUUUAACUAGGCAAUACUGAAAUAAAUAAAUCAUGUUAUGUUGUUUUUUA